UUCUAGAUGGGUCUGGUGAGAAGUCAGAAUCACAUUCUCAUACAGAAAAGAUCCAUAAACUCAACAAGGAGAAUACAGAGAAGGCAAACCCGUUUCUGGUUCAAAGAAACCCCCCCAAAUCUCGUGACUCUUCGGAGUCUAAAGCGUCUGCAGGGUGGCAUCAUAGCAACAGUUGGAAAGGCUCUCUGCAGAAGACGCCAGGAAAGAGUCCGGUGGAAGUGAAUGCAAAGGAAGCCAACAAAAGUCAAAAUAACCCAGAUGCAGGAGGGGAUGAUCCAGAACUUGUGAAGAAGCAUGACGGAUCUCAAGGAAGUCCAAGGAAUGUAGGAGAAGAUGACAAAAGGAAAGAUGAAAAAGCAGGAGCAUCAGCAAAAACAUCUCAAAGAAAAAAAUCAGUAGCAGAGGCAGAUAUCAAAAUAAUCUACAUCUUCUCGUCUAGGCAUAAAGAAAAUGAAAAAGUUUCAUUCCUUUUGAAAGAUGAGCAGACCACCAUCAGCAAGCGUCAUGUGAACGAGAAAAGUUUUCUCAAAGAUGUCAACAAGAGGAGCAGAGUGUAUGUGGCCAAGGCCAGCGGUGGAUUUAAACCAAAAGAAGCAGCUAAGCCAAAAACAACAGAAUUUGCCUUACCUGGGAAAACAGUCGGGCCUAAAUCAGCCGCUGCCAACAAGAACAAAAUGAAGCCAGAAGCUUCAAAGGGGGACAACCUUAUAAUUGGCUUUGGCUUAUCUUUUCUUGAUAACAUGCCCGCAAUGCCUGCUCCUUUUGAUCACAGGAUCAUCAAAGCAAAAAGAGCUGGGAUUGGUAGCUUCUAUCAAAUCUUCUUGAAUGAAGUUUUGGGAGGUGGACGAUUUGGCCAGGUCCAUAGAUGUGAAGAGAAAGAGACCGGUCUCAAAUUAGCAGCCAAAAUUAUAAAAGCCAGGAAUGUAAAGGAAAAGGAUGAAGUCAAAAAUGAGAUUAAUAUCAUGAAUCAAUUGACCCACAUGAACAUCAUUCAGCUGUACGAUGCUUUUGAAUCAAAAAAUGAUGUGGUCCUUAUUAUGGAAUAUGUGGAAGGAGGAGAACUGUUUGAUCGGAUUCUUGAUGAGAGCUCCAACUUGACAGAGAUGGAUGCCAUCUUAUUCAUAAAGCAAAUCUGUGAAGGGAUUCAGUUCAUGCAUCAAAUGUAUAUUCUCCAUUUGGACUUGAAGGUUCUGUGCAUUUAUUGUACUUCUUAUGCAAAAACAAAUGUAUAUACUAGACUGGACAUCUUUUAA